AUGGCCUGUGCCCUGGCUCUUGUGUGCCUGCCUGACCACCUUCAUCUGACUGAUUGCUUGUCAGCUGAGUAGAUUAAGAAAUACAAGGGGAUCUUUGAGAUGUUUGAUGAGGAGGGCAAUGGAGACGUGAAGAUCGGAGAGUGGGAGCAGCUCAUGAGCCUGCUGGGAAUCAACUUCACCAAGAGUGAUCUGGCCUCCUUGGGCAAGGAUGUGGACAGAGGCAACAAAGGGUUCUUUAACCAUGAUAGCUUCCUGGUGCUGUUGUGGAUUUACUAUGAGAAAGCCCACAACCAGGAGGGCAAGCUAAGGGCAGCUUACAUAGACUGGAACAUACUCAAGGAGGGCCUUGGGCCUUGGGGUGGGGUGGUACCUGAGUAA